CCUUCCUCCUCCAUAGCGUGCUGAACGCUCCUCAGACAAACAGCACAACGGAGUUAGUUUGAGCUUCAAGAUGUGGGUCCAAGGAGAAGACAGAGCGCCUGCAGAGUCGGUUGGAGAGAGCAGCUUAUCUUCUGGUGACGAUGAAGACAUUCAGCACCGGGUCCUGGAGCAGCAGCGAGAUGAAGCCAAUCAGAGGCUGUCUGAGCUGCAGCAAGCCUCCAAUCAACUCCUGAAGGAAAUGGAGGUCCUUGAAGUUCAGUUCCAGAUUGAGCGCUCCUGCAGGGAGAGCGCCGAGGCGCUGGCUGUGGAGGUGACCAAGGAAAACAAAGUCCUGAAAAGGAAGAGCCAGAUGAUAAUACCGCUCAUCCCCGAGCUGCCUGAAUACACAGCGGCGGUGACCCUUCACCCGGACACUGACCCCACAGUUAAGGGUGACCCUGGUGGUCUUGAGGAGCUCAGUAAUGAGACCCAGCUGCUGCUGCAGUACCAAAACAACAUCACAGAGCUGCAGGCGUCAGUCGACGGGCUUCUGGCCGAGAAGCUGCAGCUGGAGCAGCAGGUGGAGGAGCUGCAGGGAGAGCAGGUCCGGCUCCGAGAGCAGCUCGCGCUGGAGAUCCAAGACAAGGAGGCCGUACUGAAGAAGAUGAAGAGACAGAACAAGACCAUGAAGAAGAUCCAACGAGUUUCUCAGCUCGUCACUGAGGAGUUCUCAGACGUGUCUCAGCAGCUGGAGCUGCAGCAGGGCCUCCGGCAGCAAGCAGAAGUCUUUGCCCAUCAGAUGUUGGUGCAGCAGGAGGCGGCACACAGACGGACGAUGAUGCUGAUGCAGAGCAGUGAGACCGCGUCACAGCUGCAGCGAGCUUUGGAACAAAUAAGCAGCAUCAGCACGGCCCUGUGUGACAUCCAGAGGUGCUACCAGGACCAGAGCCUGCCGAGUGCUGCAGAGGAUAGCAGCAUCCUGUGUGAGCUGCAGGAUCUCAGACAGCAGCUGCAGAGGACCGUGGAGGAGAAGGCAGCUUUAGAGACGCACCUGUCUGAGGCUAACCGCACCGUCAGACAGCUGCAGGAGGAAGUUAAACAUCUACAUGAGACGAUGAAAGAGGUGGAUAAAGGUCAUCAACUAGAGGAGGUGAAAUCCAGCCCAAAUCCACCACCCCCACCUCCACCUCCACCUCCCCUUCCUCCACCAACUACCAAUUCACUUGAUUUUCUGAGAAAAAAGAGAAAACCUGAAGCCUUUAAAGCCGAACAAAACACAUCAGCUCCACUGUUGGGCAUGAAGGCACGAGCGAUGGAUGAGAUGAUGGAGAGAAUAAGAAAAGGCAUCGUUCUGAGACCUGCCAAAUCCAUUCAUGUGGGUUCAGAGGAUGAUGAAUGCUUGUGGACGGAACAAAGGAGUGAAAACAGAAAGUCAGCAGUUCUGGAGCUGAAAGGAAUGCUGGACAACAUGAAACGCCAGAACUGUCGCAGAGUGCCGUCUCGGAAAGGAACAGGGCGAAGCAUCGGAGAGGAGGAGCUUCAGCGUGUGCUUCAGAGGAGGAGGCGGGCCAUAGGAGAGGCCCAGGACCCGCCUUCUUCAACCCAAACACAGGGGUGUCAGGCCAGUCAGCCCUGUGACCCGGCACCAGCUGAUGUUGCCAGUGUGGGUGAGAGCGAUGUCAGGCCGGCGCUCCGCAGGCUGCAGCACAACAGGGAGAAGAGGGAUUCUCGCAUCCGAGCAUCAGCGCUCCUUAUCAGCCAAGAAAACGGGCACCAAUCAGAGGAAUGAAUCCAUCCAAAAGGAAUAUGCCACUUUAUUAUUUUAACCCACACUUCAAUUUUCAGUCAUUUAUGGAGUUUCGCUCAGGCUUUUACUUCCAAAGGAACCAAUUAUGCAGCAUUUCUACAUGUACAUUAAAUCAGUGCAAGAACAUGCAAUAAAAUAUCAAGAAGCUGCUGGCUGAUUUAUUUAAACGCGCUCACAUCAGAAGGUCACUGAAAAAGCAUCCAGACAGGAAGAAAUCAAACUCACAAAUAUAAAGUUGCAUUUCCAAACAGGGCUGCAGGGAUGGAGUUCCCUCAGCUGUGCUUAAUGUGUCUCUAUUUUAGGUGUCGGGGUCUAACUGAUCCCAGAACCACUUUCCGAGCUGCACCUGCAGGUGUGUGUCUCUUCACGCUUUGCCCGAGCGGUCGGAUUUAUUUCUACUGAUUCCUCACAGUCCAGAGGUGUUGGUGAGAUAAGAGCAUCAGGUGAUCUGUGCUCCUUCUCAUGAAAGUGCCUUUAAAUGCGGAAGGCCGCCGUUUGUUUUCUCACCUCCAUACUGGCCGUGCACGUGUGUGCAUGCAUGAAUGAAUGCACAUCAUUGUUAAAAGCAUCUGAAGAGAGGAUGGAAUUAUUCUCACUUUCAGCUCACACCAUUUUAGUGUCUGCACGCUGUUUCACAUUAUAUAUUUACUUUACUCUUUUUAUCACCUUCUUGCUUUCCACUGUGCAUAUUUUAUUAUUUUGCCUCAAAGGUGUUAGUUUCUAAAAUACAGUAAUGUAUAAUACUCAGUUCUGCACGUGAUGGAGGCUUUGUUAAGCAGUGGUGGAAUUUUAACAACAUCUCUUCCACUGGCCGUCCGUCUGAACGUAUAUUUCACUGCAAGUCUGCAGGAAACUUGUUGACUGACAGGAGAAACGGGAUGAAAUGUGGAUCAUCAAGCUGCAUUGGGUUCAGCCACGCGCUCCAACAAACAGGGAAGCAACACAAAAAUCAGUCUAAAAAUGGAGACAAACAGAAACACUGAGCUUUGUAACAGAGAAAUCAAAGUCAAAUAAGUAAUUAAAUUCAGUUUUUCAGUACGUUCACCUGAACAGAACUGAGACUAAGCAAAGGCAGGGUGAAUCAAUCACCAAAAUUGAACUAUAAUCUUUACCCCUCAAUCACCAUCACCUUCCCCUCAAUCUUAGGGGAGGUGAUGGUCUAGUGGUUAAGCCUUGGGCUUCAGAUCAGAGGAUCCUCAGUUC